AUAUCUGGCCCACGAUGCCAUUCCCAUACGCACCCAGGCCACCUUGGUGCGUCCCAACGAUGCUUUUUUGUGACGGCGAUGCAGUAGUGAGUUUAGGAGCGGCGCCCCGGGAGGGAGAAAAGACGUGGUGGGAAGCACAUUGUUGGAUGAUUCGCACCGCGCCCGCCGAGGACGCGAUAUCCGGCCGCCAAUGCAUGCACUCAACAGUUGGCGUGUUCCAGCUGGGGCACAACGCACCGGGAGACAACGGCGUUGCUUCUGGCGGGUGCCGUCUUCCCUCCUCCCGAGGUCCCCUGAUCCAUGCCGCUUUCUCCCCCAGCGACUCUCCCAAGUGGUUGGUACACAGCGUCCCAGAAGGGGCUCGCUGGCUUGUGAUGGUAUGGGGGAAAGAGGAAAAAAAGAGAGAUCUCACCGCCCCUCCCACCCCUUUCAAACGAGAAAAAAAAUCCACUUCCACGCGAUGGGUGGAUGAACGGGGGAGAACCGGGGGCGGCACCAAUCCCGGGGCAUUUUCACGACGAUGUGCUGGCGUUGAGCUGCCACGUCAGGGCAUUGGCUGGGGUUUUCGCAGAGACCCUGGACCUAAUACGACAUCUGGGGAGGAGCGGGAAGUGCCAAGUUUGAGGCAUUCGGAGUUGUGCUGUACCGUGUAGCAGCCCAACACGAAGGAUUACACCGGGAGCCGGGGGGUCGUGGUGGCAGCGGUGGUAGGCAUGUGCUCCUGGCGUCUGUCUCCUGAUGGCUUCAUGGCUUAGACGAGCUGAGGGCUUUUCGGUUGAUUUUUUUUCUUUCUUUUUUGGCUUCCAUUGGCAUCUCUGGUGGUCCCUGGUCUCUUCCCUGGUCUAGUCCAUUUAUCCCAGCUCUGGAACCGGGGACGGGGAACCGGUCUGGGGCUUUUGUGGCUUCCUCGUUUCUUCUUUCACAUUCCGCCACUUCAUCGUGUUAAUACUUGGAGGAAUGAUGGGAAUGAUGGUGGCUAAGGCACCGACGCUCAACAUGGUAAGGCGCUUGCGAUUAGGGCAGAUCCUUUGCCAGGCCGGUCACAAGGCGGAAUGCGGACCACUAGUUCCCAUCAUUUAGUGUCAACAGAUGCCCGCCCUACACACUGCGCGUCCAAGGUCUCGUGAUGAAGACAG